UUGCAACCGGAACCUGUAGAAAUAGAGUAAAACCAGACACGGAGAAAACGCUUAAAACCUAAAAACCGAACCAGACAGUCUGCUCUGUUUGACAGCACAGGAGAAGACGGUUUAAGCUAGCAGGCUAAAGUUUCAACCUCGGCGGAGUUGUGUCGGUGAAGCCAUGAAAGCAACAGCUAAACACAAGGUGGUGACAUCAGGGAGGCUGACAGGUGGAGGGAAAGGGCAGCAGGCCAAAAGACAAGUGACUCCAGAUCCGGUCCCGUCAGCCUGCCCUGAGCCGGCCUAUUCUCUGUACUCCACGGACUCAGAGAACCAGGUCACUAAUCUCCAUAAGGGUCUGGACCGCUGUGCUGCCUUGCUCAGUGGCAUCCUUCAGGCAGAAAAAGCAGCCUCGCCAAGCCCUCCCAGAGCAGUGACAGGUGGAGCAGCCAAAUCAAGACCAUCCACCUCACUGGGGAAGAAGACCCUCAAGAAACUACCAAAAAAGACUGUCCAGAAGAAUUCUCAGUCAUGCCAGCGUGGACCAGGCAGCACAACUCCAAGAACACGUCAGUUCACUGCUCCACCUGCACACUCAGGAGUGAAGCUGCAUCCACCUCAGAGGCAACCUCACCCCCUGCUGCAGUCUCACUCAUCUCCCUCACUCGGCCAAACGCGUCAGCACCUCUCCCCCGCCGCCCCUCCACCCAGACCUCCGUCCCAGACCUCCGUCUCUCCACUCCACACUCAGACCCCCGCCUCCUUACCCCAGCCGUCGACCUCCGUCCAUCCACUCCGGUCUGUCCUCCAGUCGUCUUCUCACUCAGGCCGGCUGUCUGCCUCUGAGGCUCCGCACACACACUCUAAACCAGACUGUGUCCGAGAAGACGAGGACGAGUGUGUGCCUGUGAGAGACACUAAUACCCAAAGCACUGCCGCAGACACACACACAGCUGUCAGACACACACUCUCACAUAUACACACCUGCGCCAUGAAGAUGUCAAACAUGCAUGUGGUGCCUGGACAGGCUGAGAAAAUCCCUCAGGACACACUCAGCAGGGAAAACUGCAGUGCAGAGACAGAAGCGAGAGCGAGGACUGUUCAGUAUCUGCUGGGGGAACUCCGGGCCCUGAUCGCUGGACAAGGUAGUGUAGCAGAGAAGUUGCUCAGUCAUCUGGAGCAGACGGUGUCUUCACCACUGAUGAAUGCUGGGAGCUCAAACAUCCAGACUGACGGUGUUCCAGACCCCUCAUCCCUCCACAGCCAGAACACUGAGCUGCACAGGCAGGUGAGGAUUCUGAGCCAGCAGUUACAGGAGAAGGAGAAAGCAGAGAGGCAGAGGACCAUGGAGACACUCAGUAACUCAGAGGUGAUGACUCUGCAGGAGGAGCUCACCACUGCUCAGUCGCGACUGCAGGAACUCCAGGAAGACUUCACAGAACUGCGGAAAGCCCUUCAGGACACACAGAGCCAGCUGAGAGGCAGAGAGGCUGAGAACGCUCUUCUCAAGACAGGUUCAAACAUACUGAGAUCUGUCAUCUACUGUGUGAUGAUCAUACAGCAUAUAAUACAACACACAGAUGUACCAGUAUUUAUAAUAAUUAGUAAGUUUAGCAUAGCAUUUUACUAUUUUCUUGUAUAUGCAUGGGUUUUGAUGACUUCCUGUAGUGAUACAUUAUGUAUGUGUGUGCAGAAUUGGAAGCAACUAAAAGCAGGUUGGUGGAUGCUGAGCAGGGAGAAGAGUGAGUUGGGAUCACUUGCCCAACAGAGACUGGAGGAUAUAGAAAACCUAAACAGGAUCCUUCAGAGUCAGGAUUCAUCAGAUUGUGCCACAGUUGUCGACAGCUCAGUGUCAGGGUCUCCACCGAAAAAACCACCCGAGCACAGACAGCAUCCAGCCGAGCCCCCUGCUGAACGCAUCGCCCAGUACCUGAGGUCUCUCAGCAAACUGGAUCCCACACACACUCAGCGUGUGGCUGCAGAGAGAGAAGGACCCACACUGGAUCAAAAGAAACUGACCUCUGUCCACCUCAGAGACACAGUACUACACACUGAUGUCAGACAAGGUGACAAACCUGCAGAGACCCGCCACCAGAACUCUCAUCUUGGUCAGUUGCGUCGUUUAGAUGAAGCCCAGCAGCAGCCGGAGAAGGAGCGUGGGCGUCUGCUGAACUCCACGCUGUCCCAGUGCGAGGUGGAGUCUGUGUGGUCUGACUGGAGCAUGAGGUCAGGGUCGACCUUUGACACCAGAGACGAGGCAGCGUUCAGAGACGGCCUGGCCGCUCUGGACGCCAGCAUAGCCAGUCUGCAGAAGACUAUCCAGCUGGAUUUAAGAAGGUGAUACACACUCGGCUUCACUUCACAGCUUUUAUCUGAGCUACUCUGCAUCAUGCUUUCAUGAAAUGCUGUAUGUUGUAAUGCAGAGCCUCAACUGUAAGCUGCAAUUGACCCUUUUUGAUAAUUUAUGAUGUGAGGCAAUAUUUAAAAUUUAGAAAUAAAGCAUUUUUAAAUAUA